CUGGCCACACAUUCACUGACAAACUGAUUUAUUUGGGUCAUUGAGGAUUCCUUUGGAGCAUGGAUUGAGCCAAGUAAUGUGGAGAAGGGUUUUAUUUAGGCUAGCAGUCUUUAGUCUUUGUUUACUGUUGAGCAUCAUUAUGAUAUGGACGACUGUCAAGUUGCAGUGAUAAGUUCAGGCAAAGUCAAGUUACAGACAUCCUCAACCCUUUUACAAACCUUUGGUCAGCUGAGAGUGUCAAUAAUGCCACAAAAUGGCUGCCUUAAUAUUCAGAUCAUUGAAGCCAGAGGACUCCUGGGGAAUGAAAAUAGGAAAUGUGAUUUUUAUGUCAAGCUAGCGAUGAUCCCAGACCUCAAUCACAGUACUCAUCGGAAGACAGAAACUGUACUGGACUGCAAAAAUCCUCUCUUCCUUGGGACCUUUUUGCUGGCUAUUAGUGUGGAGGAUUAUCAGAAGAGACUGCUGGUCACUGUGUGGAAUUGCAACCCAUCCUCCAGUAGGAGUGAGUUCCUGGGCUGCAUGAGUUUUGGAACACACUCGCUCAUAACUUCAUCAAAGGUGAUCAGUGGCUGGUAUUAUCUCCUGGGCGAAGAGCUGGGGAGAAGCAAGCAUCUGAGAGUGGCUUCGAGACACCUCACAGGCAGGCAGGACUCUGCUGGUGAAUUGAGACGGGCGCAUCUGGCUUCUAAGCCACGGGAAGCUGCCUUGUCCAACCAUGAUGCUCCAGCCUCUGAGACGGUGCUGCCUCCAAGCCCAGAGAAUAUGCUAUGCAUAACAGUGACUAUCCUUCGGGGUAAAGAUGGCUUCGGCUUCACCAUCUGCUCGGACUCACCUGUGCGUGUUCAGGCUGUCGAUCCAGGGAGUCCAGCGCACCAGGCUGGCUUACAGCAGAUGGACACUGUGCUGCAGCUCAAUGGCCUACCAGUGGAGCAAUGGAAGUGUGUCGACCUUGCUCACGCAUUCAGAAACUGCCACAAUGAGAUCACUGUAGUGGUAUGGAGGACCCUACCUAUCAUGAAGCCGUAUUUUGAGGGCCUGAUCCACAGACCAUCUUAUAAGGCAUCUGCCUACGACACUGUGGUGUCCCCGGUGGGGAAGAAACGAGACAAGACCCCGCCUUUGCUGACCCACCCCGCCAAUGGCAGACGGAGUGGACGUAAGCAAGGGCUGGUGUCAGAGGGCGGCCUUGGAUCCUUGUGGAGGGACAAGCGAGAAGACAAGGGAGAGUACUACAAGGGACAGGAGCCAGACUACGGGACUACUAAGAUGAGGACUCGGACCCUCAAAGGCACCCGGGUGACCUCAUCAAAUGGUGACAACUACAUUAUCCUCUCCCCUGUGGACCCGGGAAGCCAGAUCUUGCAUCCCAUUUAUCAAGACCGGAAUGGUACACUUGGUAAGAUUUAUCAAACUCACCCAAGCGGUGGACUUCAGAAGGGCAAUGGCUUUCUACAGGACACUGCUAGCGGGCUACAGGCCACAGGCUUAUCUUCUCAACGCUCCAUCAUCAGUAAGACGGCUACCAUGCUGCCCCCAUCUGGCUACCAACCCAGCUAUGGCAAUUACCAGAACUGCACCAUUGUCCAGUCUCAUCUGCCCUACUCCAAUUACGGAACCUACGUCACGCUGGCGCCUAAAACCCUCAUCUUCCCUGUCUUUGUUCAGCCCCUGGAACUGUGUAGCGAGCGAACACUUCUUCUCUCAGAGGAGAUGAUCCUGCAUGAGAGCCAGUACAUGGUUAUCAAGGUGACAUUGCUCAUCUACACAGACCUGAUGCUGCUGACUAGGGAGGAUGAGGCAGGCCACUGUAAUGUGCUGCAGAGCCCCCUGUACCUCCACCAGCUCCGCCUGCGGGAUGUUCCUGCUGAUGUUUUGAGGUUGUACAUCAUCCACUGGACAGAGAGGAGUGAGUGCCUGUUCAGUCUGGAGGCGUACACGGUGGAGCAGAAGAGGCGGGUACAUCAGUGCCUGCGGGAGAACAUUGACAAGCAUCUGGAGCAGAGAGAUACACUUGUACAUGACCAGAUGUUGGAACCAAUGGCUGAUGUCCAUUGUGAGCUCGGUAUCCUAAAUCUGGGCCGUCAAGCCACCGAAGAGCCCUCCUCGCAUGGCCCUUCCUCCGAACCCUACAGCAUGAGCAGCCCGCCAGCCAAUAUUCUGAACCGCAUCCCCCUGGUGGUGCGCAGCACAGAGGACCUCGGACAGAAGUUGCCCCUCACGCCCCCGCCGUGUACCAUAGAUAAAACCUGCAAAAGCAUGAGCCUGGAGAGAACGGGCAUCUGGAAGGAAAGGGAGAAUGUAGGGGAGGAGGGAUACGAGGAGAGGCAGCAGGGUGAGGGAGAGAGCGCCACUGAGACGUCAGAGACAGCGUGCAUGGGUGCCAUACCUCUAUCCCCCUCUCCGUCCUCCUCGCUCACAGUCCCAGACGUGCGCUUCCUAGAUCGCUCCUUCAACACAGAACCCAUGGGGGAAGGAGAAGAAGAGGAGGAUGAGGAGGACUGUGACAAAGACGGCCUGGAACGUCGGAGCAUCGGGGAGUGCUCUCCCUUUAGGAAGCGGGGUGAGGGCGUGAGCGGUGGUGACGAGCCGAGGGUCCUCCACAGACGCACGCUUAGCGAAGGCAGUCUGCUGCAGGAGCUGCGCUCGCCACGUUUCAUCUCCGACAGCACCAUCCACCGCCUGGACAGAGGCCACGCUCCCCCACCGGGCGGCUGGAUGCGGCCCUCCCCCAAGACCCUGAGGAAGGAGUUGACAAGGAACGGAGGCUCGGUGCACCAGCUCUACAUGCUCCUCUCAGGGAGGAAGGUAUGCAGUGAAUCUGACUGUAACCGUGAGUUUAAACAAGGCUGCACGAAAAAGAAGAAAUCCAUGAACCUGGCCAAGGACAUGAAAAAUCGCUUGACUUUCUUGAGGAAGAACGAUUUCCAUGGCAGCAACCCAACAAACGGUCUGGAGAAAGUCCUGAAGUCAGUCAAGCCCUCGCCAGAGGAGGCCCUGAAGUGGGGGGAAUGCUUUGACACGCUGCUGGCUCACAAAUAUGGAGUGGCAGUCUUCCAAAGGUUCCUGCAGACAGAGUUCAGUGAGGAGAACUUGGACUUCUGGUUGGCCUGUGAGAAGUACAGGAAAAUCAAAUCCCAGUUCAAAAUGGCCUCCCGAGCAAAACAAAUCUUCUCAGAAUACAUGUCCAUACAGUCCUGUAAAGAGGUGAAUCUGGACUCCUACACCAGAGAGGUCACCAAGGAGAACCUGCAGAGCACCUCGGCAUUGACCUUUGACCUGGCCCAGAACAGGAUCUAUGGCCUCAUGGAGAAGGACCCGUACCCUCGCUUCCUGCGCUCGGACCUCUACAGGGACUUGACCAACCAAAAGAGGUUCAACACCAUGGUGCUAGAUCUGCCCUGAGUUGGAAGAGAGAUUGAGGACAUUGGAUGACUUGGAGUCCUGGUUCGUGUUCAUUAGAGUGAUGGACAUUGGAGAGCUGUGCCAAGGUGACAUUCACUUUGUCUAAAUUGGUUUAGAUAAUGGGUUGGUACUAUUUUUGUCAGUGUUAUAUUUACCUCAUCUGAUUCUCCAUGGGCAUUUUCCCAACCUGGUUCUGUGGUCAUUGGUUUCUAAUGAGUCAAUUAAUUUUUUUUUUUGAACAAAUACAGCUCCCAUAUCCUCAUGGGCCUUCCUGUUUGUGGCAUAGCCCAAACCUUCACUGCCUUCUAUUUCUGUUUGUAACACAGGCAGAUUUCUGACACUUCUCUAUUCCAAAGACUAUAAGAUGCUAUACACUAUAUCUAGGAGGUGUUCAACAUAGCCAAGAGGCCAUCCGGUGUAUUCAAACCGUUGUGCAAUCCACAAACAUGGUGCAAUGAAAYCCCCCCCCCC